GCAUGCGCAAGUUUGAUGUAUUUGGCGCCUAACGUGUCCUGCUCGUGCGCACGUCCAUUCGUUCGUAACUCAUAAAAAAGAAAAGAAAGUGGACUGAAGUUUCUCAAGUGGCCUUGGGUGGUUCAGGAGAACCGACACGAACUGGAUAAACAUGAGCAAGUUGUCAGGAUUCAACAUUGAGGACAUGGUUAACGUCACACCACUGAUAGGAGGUGAAGCAACACCGGAGCCCAAAGUUGAUCAGCUGAUGAGCAAACUGAGGAGGCUCCAACAAGGUAAAAGAGUUCUGGAAGAAGAAAUCAAGGACAGGAAAUCAGUCAGAGAUUCUUUGCAGGAAGAGCUGGCAACUUUACAAACUGAAGCGUCCGAACUGGAGGAAAUCUAUAAAGAAAAAGAAGAGUUUUGCAGGAAUCUGCAGUUCCAGUGUGAGGAGUCUGAGCAGGACUCUGACAGGCAGUUAAAGCAGAACAAGAAAAGCGAGGAACUGCUGGAACAGUACAGAUGCGAAAUACAGGAAUUCAAGCUUAAACAGCGGAAGCAGCGGAUGAGGUUUGAAAAGCAACUUCACCAGCUGAUAGAGCAACAUAAAAAUCUACACUCCAUCUUUACUCCAGAAAGGCUCCCAAAUGAAAUAGAGAAUACCGAGAACGCAAAAAGUCAGCUGAUAUCAGCUGAACAGCUGAAGUUGGCUCAGCUAAACCGCCUCAAUGAGGAGCUGGAGGACGUGAGGGAACAGAGGCAGUUGGGAACAGCAGCUGCAGAUACUCUGGAGAAGUAAAACUACAUGUGCUGUGGUCGAUUUAAAGAAUCAGAGGUACUAGUCUCUUGUUUUAAUCCCAGCUAGAGGUACUUUGAACACAAUCCUGCCACAACAUCACAGCAAAUAAUAAAACUUAAGUUGGUGUCGAAAUGAAAAUCGCAAAAAAUGUAUAUACCAUUGAAAUCUAACUCAAAUGUUGGCAAACUAAACUCAAUUUAUUCCUGUUUCCUUGGCUAUUUUAAUCGGUGUAGUUACUGCUUUUAAAUGAACAGUUCUUAAAGGCAUGUGCUUGUUUUGUGAUCAAGUUAAUUGCUAGAAUAUAUGCAAAUUGAAUGUAUUAAUGUAAUUUAUGAACUGCUUUACAUUCUUUAACCAGUGAAUAGUUGUUUUUUUUUCAGAUAUAGAUAGAUGCCAGUACUAGUAUCCUGUACUCUACUAUGUUAAUUUCAAUAUUGUGUAUUGCUAUAGUUUAAAGGUGUUCAUAUAUUUAAAAAAUACAUAGUUUCUGACA